AUGAUAACAGUACUGAAUAUAAGGAUAUUGCGCAUUUUUUUGCAUUCCAUUAUCAUUUUGGGCUGUUUAUCAACUUUGCUCUUGCUGUACAUGAAACCAUUGCAUAGCUGGAUAUAUGGACCCACAACAGUUGUCGACAUUAAUCCUUCUAGUCCUUCGAAGAAUGAAACCAUUGUGCUUAUUUGGCUGUGGCCUUUUGGUCAGCCAUUUGAGCUCAGUUCUUGCAAAUUAGAGUUCAACAUUGAAGAUUGUUAUUUAACUGCAGACCGGAAACUGUAUAACAAAUCUCAUGCUGUCCUUUUCCAUCACGAGGACAUCAGAAGGGAUUUGGCCAACCUCCCCUUAGAACCACGGCCACCUUUCCAAAAAUGGGUUUGGAUGAAUCUGGAAUCGCCUACUCACACUUCAAAAAGGUAUGGCCUCAAUCAACUCUUCAACUUGACCUUAACUUAUAGACAGGAUUCCGAUAUCCAAGUGCCUUACGGAUCUUUGACAAAGAGCAAAGUUCCAUUAGAUUUUAAAAUGCCAAGCAAAAAUGUCUUGGUAUGUUGGAUCAUCAGCAACUGGGACUAUGAACAUCCGAGAGUGAAAUAUUACUACAUGCUCCGCAAAUAUGUGAAAAUUAUCAUAUACGGUCGAUUCCUCUGGCAUCGCCUGAGUGAUGACGACUUGAUCCCAACGAUAUCAACUUGCAAGUUCUACCUUGCCUUUGAAAACUCGAUACAUAAAGAUUACAUAACUGAAAAGCUCUACAAUGCUCUGCUUGCGGGUAGUGUUCCUGUGGUCCUGGGCCCAUCCAGGGAAAACUAUGAAAAUUACAUUCCAGCCAAUUCCUUCAUUCACGUGGACGAUUUUCUCUCACCCAAAGAGCUUGCUGAUUACCUUCAAAUGCUGGAUGGUAAUGAAAAUUUGUACAUGAGCUACUUCAAAUGGAGAAAAUACUAUGAAGUGAGAAUAACUCGUUUCUGGAGUGAACAUGUAUGCGCCGUCUGUGAAAAUAUCCAGCAACACAAAGAACAUAAAUCCCUCUCCAGCUUGGAGAAAUGGUUUUGGAAUUGAAUAUUAGUUCGUCUCCAGUAAAUAUCAUUAUUUUAAAUACACUAUAAUUGCCUUUUCAGCAGUACGUAUGUUUGAUUAAAAUGUAUGUAUGUUCUUGUUUGAUCUUAUGCUAGAUUCUUUGAGAAUUUAUUGAGCAUUGUCUGGAAUCCUGAGCAUAAAUUUGCAUUUUAAGCAGACCAGCGGGAGUACGCA